AUGGAAGCCCACGACUACAUUGCUGGACCAAAUGGGCUCUGUGACGUCUGUGGAAAAUCUAGAAAAGACUGCUCAAGUGCCAGUGAAGUCUACAUAACAGGCCAGCCUGAAACAGCAGUCGGGACACAAAUUAACAAAGCAAUCCUUUUCUUUGAACAAAUCCCUGAAAACUGCCGAGUCCAACAAAUAUGCUGCUCAAAAUUCAACACUUUUAUAUUAAGCACAACCGGUCAAGUCUUCUCUUGGGGAGACACAACCAAUGCUCUCGGCCGAGCCUUAGAAAAACGUGACGACUCUAAAAUCCCUAAAUUAAUUUAUGAUCUCAGAAGUCGGUUCAUCGUGUCUAUUGCAGCUGGAGAAAGCCACGUCCUCGCCCUUGAUAAUGAUAAGUUUAUAUGGUGCUGAGGGUUUAAUAAAUUUGGGCAGCUUGGGCUUGGGGACACAAAUGAUCGAAAUCUGCCUACAAAAUUAGAAUUUAUUUCAGAAAUCGUUAGAAUUGCGGCUGGGCCUAAUUUCUCAUAUGGGAUCAGCCAAAAUGGAGUCGUUUAUGCCUGAGGAGAUAACAGGAACUUUCAGCUUGGAGUUAUGGUAGAUGACAAAGGGGCAAAACAAGUAAGGUUUUUAGUCCCAAGAGAAAUAGAAAAUCACCCAUGGGAUAAGACAACAGAAAUAGAAGUUGUAGGAGGCAGAGGCAACAAUUUUUUCUAUAGGAGCAAUAUGGGCGGAUCGAUGAAUAGCAAUAUUACAGGAGGUUCAGGUGUUAGCAAAUCAGAAGCCAGAAAAAUCAAGCUGGAAAACGAAGACUUAAAACGAAGGGUCGACUUAUUGACUAAAAAAGUAGCAAUCUUGGAAGAAGAGCUUUACAGUCAAAACGCUGAAAAAAACCCUGAAUUCGCCCAAGGCCCUGAUACAGCUCUUCAAGAAAUGCAAGCCAUGAUCAGAAAAAACCUCUCUCACAUGAGCACGUUAGAAACAGAAUUAAACAAUAAAGAUACUGAUAUCAUGAGACUCACCAAAGAAAUAGAAGAAAUCGAAACAAGUCUGCAUGACCUAGAGCAGAAAGAAGCUGAAUACUGGACUGAAAUUGAGCACAGAGAAAAUGAUAUCCGCAAGCUGCUAGCCAAAGAGGACAAAAAUACUGUGAAAAUACUAGAAAUAAAAAAUAAACGUGAUUCACUACAUGAGAUCGUGAAAUCCAUCGAAAGCACAAAAUCUACGUUUUAUUCAGAUUUAACGAUAAAGCAAGAUCUGCUUGAAAAACUGUCAGAUGAGAAAAAAAGCAUGGUGGCUGACCUGGCAGAGUCACAAAAAAAAGAAAUAAUUUACAAACAAAUGAUAGGAUCAAGAGAAAAAGAGCUGAAGUUGCUUUUUUAUAAUAGAAAACAGGAUAAUAUUGAAAAUGACCUAAUAGCGAUUAUUAAUAUGCAUGAAGCUGUCAAAGAAACUGCGUUAGAAAUCAUUAGCAAGUCUAUUGAAGCUACCAAUGUAAAUGAAUAUGUUGCGACUUCCAAUGCUUUACUAAGGCGAAUUCUGUCAGAAAUCGAGUCGCUAAAGCGUCCAGGCAAGAGCUCCAUUGUAAAAGCAUUGAAUAAUAUUUGAGGGAUCCUUGAAGACGACAUAGCCAUGAGGCUAAAAUUAAAUGACUACACACAAGGCUUGCUUUUCCAUACAGCAGAAAGGAUUUCUGACUAUAACGAUGUGAUGGGGAUCCAAGCUUAUGACAAUCGAAGCCCAUUUAUGAAGAAGGUAGAUUUUAUCAAGCAUGUUUUUAAUAAAGGCUCAGUCAAUUAUACACCUGAAGAAAUACAAAAAGAAGAAAUUAUUGAAGAAAAAAAGACUAAGCAGAGGAGGGGACGGUCUCGAAGGGCCCAGCGGAAUAGAUGGCUUUGUUUCUAA